CCAUGGCCCAAGGGCUAGAGGUGGCCCUCACGGACCUCCACAGCUCCCGGAACAACGUGCGGCACCACACAGAGGAAAUCAGUGUUGACCACCUCCUUGUUCGUCGGGGCCAGCCCUUCAACAUCACCCUGUACUUCAGGAACCGGGGCUUCCAGCCGGGCCUGGACAACAUCAUCUUCGUGAUUGAGACUGGACCCCUGCCAGACUUGGCAAAGGGGACUCGGGCUGUGUUCAGCCUGGCAGACCGUGGUGGCCCCAGCCCCUGGAUCGCCUCGCUGGAGACGAAUCGACCCACCUCCCUGGAGGUGAGCCUGUGUGCCCCUCCCAUGGCGGCUGUGGGUCGGUACCUCCUGAAAAUCCACAUCGACUCCUUCCAGGGGUAUGUCACUGCCUACCAGCUUGGGGAGUUCAUCCUGCUCUUCAAUCCCUGGUGCCCAGCGGACGCUGUCUACUUAGACAGUGAACCCCAGAGGCAGGAGUAUGUUGUGAAUGAUUACGGCUUCAUCUACCAAGGGAACAAGAACUGGAUCCGCCCUUGCCCCUGGAACUACGGACAGUUUGAAGAGAAUAUCAUAGAUAUCUGCCUGGAGCUGCUAGACAAGAGCCUGAACUUCCAGGUCGACCCAGCCACAGACUGUGCCCUGCGGGGAAGCCCCGUCUACAUCAGCAGAGUGGUGUGCGCCAUGAUCAACAGCAAUGAUGACAAUGGAGUGCUCAAUGGAAACUGGAGCGAGAAUUAUGCAGAUGGUGUCAACCCUGCAGAGUGGACUGGCAGUGUGGCCAUCCUGAAGCAGUGGCAUGCCAAUGGCUGCCAGCCGGUGCACUAUGGGCAGUGCUGGGUCUUUGCCGCCAUCAUGUGCACAGUGAUGAGGUGCCUGGGGAUCCCCACCCGUGUGAUCACCAACUUUGACUCUGGCCAUGACACAGAUGGAAACCUGAUCAUAGAUGAGUAUUAUGACAACACAGGCAGGAUUUUGGAGAAUAAGAAGAAGGAUACUAUCUGGAACUUCCACGUCUGGAAUGAGUGCUGGAUGGCCCGAAAGGACCUCCCUCCUGGAUAUGGAGGCUGGCAGGUGCUGGAUGCCACACCUCAGGAGACAAGCAAUGGCCUCUACUGCUGUGGCCCUGCCUCUGUCAGAGCCAUCAAAGAAGGAGAAGUGGAUCUGAAGUACGACACACCCUUCGUGUUUUCCAUGGUGAACGCUGAUUGCAUGUCCUGGCUCGUCUCUGGAGGGAAGGAGCAGAAACUUCACCGGGACACAAAUUCUGUCGGCAGUUGUAUUAGCACUAAGAGCAUUCAGAGUGACGAAAGGGAUGACAUCACAGAGAACUACAAGUAUGGAGAAGGGUCCCCCCAGGAGAGGCAGGUGUUUCUGAAGGCUCUGCAGAAGCUGAAGGCUGAAAGGUCCCAAGGCCACCAUCGAGCAGACUUUCAACCUUCCAGGACCAUGCCACUGAGCCAGGCCAGCCCUCGGAGUCUGAAUACACCUUCUCUUCAACCCAGUGAUGUUAUCCAGGUCUCCAUGAAAUUCAAGCUGCUCGACCUGCCCAACAUGGGCCAGGAUAUAAGCUUUGUCCUGCUGGCCCUCAAUAUGUCACCCAAGUUCAAGGACCUCAAAGUGAACCUGAGUGCCCAGUCCCUGCUGCAUGAUGGGAGCCCCCUGUCCCCAUUCUGGCAGGACAUCGUGUUCAUCACACUCUCUCCUAAAGAAGCAAAGACCCACCCCUGCAAAAUCCCCUAUUCCCAGUACAGCCAGUACCUGUCAACAGACAAGCUGAUCCGCAUCAGUGCCCUGGGUGAAGAGAAGAACAGUCCUGAGAAAAUCCUGGCGAACAAGAUCAUCACCUUAGCUUAUCCGGCCAUCAUGAUUAAUGUUCUAGGAGCAGCCAUUGUGAACCAGCCACUCUCGAUACAGGUGAUAUUUUCAAACCCCCUCUCAGAGCAGGUUGCAGACUGUAUGCUGACUGUGGAAGGAAGUGGUCUCUUCAAGAAACAGCAGAGAGUCCUUAUUGGAGUCCUCAAACCCCAACAUAGAGCCAGCAUCACUCUGAGGACUGUCCCCUUCAAGAGUGGCCAAAGGCAGAUCCAAGCUAAUCUGAGGAGCAACAAGUUUAAGGAUAUCAAGGGUUACCGGAACGUAAAUGUAGACUUUGGGUUAUAAAUUCUGGGACAAUGAGCUGGAUGUGUGGAUUUUAAGCUUCAAGAGAAGGAGUGAGUUCAAAUGCAAGCUGUGCCAUUGCCAACCAACACAGAGGCUUCACAGUGGGC